GCGCUAAACCAGAGAACGAUUUGCGAUUCAGAUUCAUUACUUUUCUCCGACGACACAAGUACCCGUCAAAUCCGAAACCCGAUCUGGUUGAUUUGGAUUUUUAUGGCGACGAGGAACCGAACGACGGUGUACAGGAAACACAGAGAUGCGUGUAAGAGCGCGCGUGCUCCUUUGUCUGAUUCUUUCGGUGGUCCGGUGAUCGAAAUGGUUAGCGGCUCUUUUGCUCGGUCCAAUCACUCUUCCUACGCUCCUUUGAGUACCAAUGAUCCUGGUCCUUCAAGUAGCGAUGAUGCCUUUACAAUUGGUCUGCCACCAGCUUGGGUGGAUGACUCGGAGGAGAUCACUUUUAAUAUACAGAAGGUGAGAGACAAGAUGGGUGAACUAGCUAAGGCUCAUUCAAAAGCUCUCAUGCCUACGUUUGGAGAUAACAGAGGGGAUCAGCGCGUAGUGGAGAUGCUCACUCAUGAAAUCACAGAUCUGUUAAGGAAGUCAGAGAAGAGAUUGCACAAUUUAUCUACUAGAGGAGGGCCUUCACAAGAAUCUAAUCUCAGGAAAAAUGUGCAGCGUUCUCUUGCAACAGAUCUUCAGAGCCUCUCCAUGGAGCUCCGCAGAAAACAGUCUACUUAUUUAAAACGUCUCCAGCAGCAGAAAGAGGGUCAGGAUGGAGUAGAUUUGGAGUUCAACAUGAAUGGAAAGAUGUCAAGACUGGAUGAAGACGAAGAACUUGGUGGCAUGGGUUUUGAUGAACAUCAGACAGUGAAGUUGAAGGAAGGGCAACAUGUGUCAGCGGAAAGAGAAAGAGAAAUACAGCAGGUAUUGGGGUCAGUGAAUGACCUUGCACAGAUAAUGAAAGACUUAUCAGCUCUUGUGAUCGAUCAGGGCACAAUAGUUGAUCGGAUAGACUACAAUAUCCAAAAUGUUUCUUCAUCGGUUGAAGAAGGCUAUAAGCAACUACAGAAGGCGGAGAGAACACAAAGGGAAGGAGCAAUGGUGAAAUGUGCGACGAUACUCCUUAUACUUUGCCUUAUAAUGAUUGUACUUUUAAUUCUCAAGAAUGUAUUGUUUUAGAUCAUAUACGUUUCAUAUUUUUUUCUGAAAGAACAGCUGGCCGUUUGUUAUAACGAACCAUGCUUUUUUUUCUUGUUGGAAGCUUUAGGAACAGCUAAAUAAUACGAAAUCAAGAUUGCAAGA